UUCCAUCAGUUGCAGCAGCGGCAGCAGUGGCGCACUUAGGGAGACGCGGACGGGAAGAAACUUGCACAAAUUGGCUCGCUGUGGAUUUCGCUGUCGCUUUAUGUUAUUUCAACCCGUCGUCUCGAUCGAGUGGAACACUUUUGGGUCUGCUUUUGACAAAGACGGGGGAGAACGGAGCGAACGAUUGGCCCCCCAAAAAAUUAUAAAAUAAAAUAAAAAAGCAGCCUGGAGAAGCGCGUCUGAAUGCGGGGAAGAGAGCAAAGGAGUCUUCGGGGCAUCGGCUGUGCGUCUUAAUUGACGCAAAUUGUGGUUGUCCCUCCGCGUAAAAAAAACAAAACAAAAACACGAAAAGGAGGUUGGAGCUGUAUUUACUUAUUUUGAUUUGUUUUGAAAAGACUACAUUAUUUGAAAACACAGCCUGUCGGAUUUUAGCCUGGAAGUGGUGGACUGAAUGCACGCUCCUUCAGACAGCGGAGGAUUGCGCCCUGCCAACUUCUGGUUUGACUAAGGUUGAGUGGAUCAUCGAUUUGCAUUUUUAUACACUGCGCACCUGGGCUCCGGUGGCGAGGAUAUGGCCAACUCCGGCCUGGAGAGAAGAGCGCGCUCGGCUGCUGCGAGAGGAAAGAGGAGCUGAAUGACAGGAUGCCAGCGACCUGAACCCCAAACUCAGCAGCUUCACUACAAGUGACACUUUUGGUUUGUUUGUUUUACUACUGCCAAGCUUAAACGAGACAACUUUCCAGCAAUAAGGCGUUCGGAUGAGUUUAUCUGGGAUUUUUUGCUAAUUUUAUUUUGACAAAACAAGGAUGCAUUGUGGAUUAGUUUUUGUCCUGUGGAUGGGAUUCCUCUUGUUGGCCAAGGCAUUCAAAAACGACAAAUGUGGAGGCAACAUCCGAAUCUCAAAUGCCAACUACCUCACCUCUCCCGGGUACCCCCAGUCCUACACCUCCUCCCAGCGCUGCACUUGGGUGAUCUCGGCCCCUGGACCCCACCAGCGGAUCCUCAUCAACUUCAAUCCACAUUUUGACCUGGAGGAUCGGGAGUGCAAGUAUGACUAUGUGGAAGUGCGAGACGGCAUGGAUGAGAGUGGUCAGCUGGUUGGCAAGUACUGUGGCAAGAUCGCCCCCUCUCCUGUGGUCUCCUCUGGAAACCAGCUCUUCAUCAAGUUUGUCUCUGACUACGAGACCCAUGGGGCAGGUUUCUCCAUACGAUAUGAGAUCUUCAAAACAGGUCCUGAAUGCUCCAGGAACUUCACCUCUAAUAGCGGUGUAAUAAAAUCUCCAGGCUUUCCAGAAAAGUACCCCAACAACCUGGACUGUACAUUUAUGAUAUUUGCCCCAAGGAUGUCAGAAAUUAUUUUGGAAUUUGAGAACUUUGAGCUGGAGCCUGACCAAACGCCUCCGACUGGUGUGUUCUGUCGUUAUGACCGUCUGGAGAUCUGGGAUGGCUUUCCUGGAGUUGGACCAUACAUUGGGAGGUACUGUGGACAGAACACACCAGGAAGAAUCAUCUCUUACACCGGCAUCCUGGCACUUACAAUCAACACUGACAGUGCUAUCGCCAGGGAGGGUUUUUCUGCCAACUUCACAGUCAUCGAAAGGACCGUUCCAGAGGACUUUGACUGCAGCGACCCCUUAGGAAUGGAAUCGGGUGAGAUAACAUCUGACCAAAUCGUAGCCUCAUCCCAGUACAACCCCAGCUGGUCCCCCGAGCGUUCCAGACUCAACUACUAUGAAAAUGCGUGGACCCCUGCACAGGACUCAAAUAAGGAGUGGAUACAGGUGGACCUUGGGUUCUUACGAUUUGUCUCAGCCAUCGGUACACAGGGUGCAGUUUCCCAGGAGACCCGGAGGACUUACUUUGUCAAGUCCUACAAAGUGGACGUCAGUUCAAAUGGAGAGGACUGGAUUACGCUAAAGGAGGGCUCGAAACAAAAGGUUUUCCAAGGUAACACCAACCCAACAGACAUUGCCAAAACGAUGAUGCCCAAACCCACUCUGACGCGCUUCAUCCGCAUCCGUCCCGUUACCUGGGAAACAGGCAUUGCAGUGCGCUUUGAAGUGUAUGGCUGUAAGAUAUCAGAGUACCCAUGCUCUGGCAUGCUGGGCAUGGUAUCAGGCUUGAUCACUGACAACCAAAUUACUGCAUCAUCUCACACCGACCGGAGCUGGGUACCAGAGAACGCUCGUCUGCUGACGAGCCGGACGGGUUGGACCCUGCUGCCUCAGCCCCAGCCUUACACCAGGGAAUGGCUACAGGUGGACCUAGGGGAGGACAAAGUGGUGAAGGGCUUAAUCAUUCAGGGAGGGAAGCACCGUGAGAACAAGGUCUUCAUGAAGAAGUUCCGCCUUGGCCACAGCAACAACGGGUCUGACUGGAGAAUGAUUCUUGACACCAACGGAAACAAGCCAAAGAUUUUUGAAGGGAAUAGCAACUAUGACACUCCCGAGUUGAGGACGUUGGAACCCCUGCUGACCCGCUUUAUCCGAAUCUACCCAGACAGGGCCACCGCUACUGGAAUGGGCCUGCGACUUGAGCUCCUGGGCUGUGAUAUUGAAGCUCCCACGGUCCCUCCUUCCACGACUCUUCCUACCAGUUCUCCAUCAGACGAGUGCGACGACGACCAGGCAAACUGCCACAGUGGCACAGGUGAUGACUACGAUAUCACAGGUGGUACGACAACAGAGACCACAACGGUUGCAGCGGAUAUCAUCCCAGAUUUUCUGUGGUUUGCCUGCGACUUUGGCUGGGCCAAUGACCCGUCCUUCUGCAGGUGGACUUCUGAAGACACUGGCUCUCGGUGGCAAAUCCAAUCUAGCGGAACUCCCACCCUCAACACCGGACCUAACAUGGACCAUACAGGUGGCUCAGGAAAUUUCAUCUACACCUUGGCGACGGGUUUACAAGAGACAGAGGUGGCACAGCUAGUCAGCCCUCAGGUCGACUCCCAAGACUCUGAACUGUGUGUGUCAUUCUGGUACCACAUGUUCGGGUCACACAUUGGUACACUACAUAUCAAACAGCGCAAACGGACUGUUGAUGGACCCGUUGACAUCUUGCUCUGGACUAUCAGCGGUCACCAGGGUAACCGCUGGAGGGAAGGCCGUGUUCUACUGCCACGUACAAACCGGCCAUAUCAGGUGGUGAUUGAAGGCUUGGUAGAGAGAAAGAGCAGGGGAGAUAUUGCAGUGGAUGACAUUAAGGUUCUCAGUGGCCUCAUUGCAGCAGACUGUAAAGAUCCAGAUGUUCCCACUGAGCCAAUGCUCCCAGAGGAUCACUUUAAUGAAAUCAUUGAGGAGAUCACAGAAUACCCGGACUUUGUGGAGACCAACCAGAUCAGUGGAGCUGGCAACAUGUUAAAGACACUUGACCCUAUUCUCAUCACUAUCAUCGCUAUGUCCGCCCUGGGCGUUUUCUUGGGCGCCAUUUGCGGUGUUGUCCUUUACUGCGCCUGCUCGCAUGGAGGCAUGUCGGAAAGGAACUUAUCAGCCCUGGAAAAUUAUAACUUUGAACUGGUGGACGGCGUCAAGUUAAAGAAGGACAAACUCAAUGUACAGAGCUCAUACACAGAGGCGUGAGACCCAAACCAGCACAUUCAUGUGACUUUGUGAUGUGCACAGGUUUGAGAGCGUGCACGGGACACACUGUAGCUACAUCUUCUCGUAUGUCUAUACGAGAAGGUGGACUCUAAGGACCGUCCAUUACCCUCAGCUUUCUGGAUGAGGGACAGAUUCAGGAACCGACGGGAGGUUUGAACUCAUCCACGCAUUUCUCAGGAGCUGCAGUAAAAAGAACCUAUCAGUAGGGGACACUGUGUACAAAAAUAAAUACAGAAAAAAAGAUGUACAGAUACGUAGAUGAAAUUUUAAUUUUCUAUUUUGAUUUUCCAUUCAUUUUUACAAUCGGAUGCUGGUGUUGAGACCAAUUUAUUAAUAAUGUUAAGAGUAUUUAUCAUUUUCUGGAAAAUAAAUGAUUUUUGUUUAAUUUGAGUUCAUGAAGGUGAAGAAUUUCAAGUUUUGAAAUUAAAAUCCUAAAUUAACCAUAUCUGGCAAAACUAUAAAUUUGCCCAUGUUAUGGCAUACAGGGUGUGCUCAUAAUCCAUGAAUCUGAUAUAUGUACCCACCCCCUUUGAACCUCCUUCACUCCAAAAUGAAAGUCACAUCCAUGGUAAUUUAUGGGUCUGAUAGUGCCUUUAGUACAUAUCGGAUGGUCUUUUUUUUUUUUUUUUUUUUUAACUGUACUUUCCUUAAUUUAUGACGAAGGGCAGAAAACAGGGGCACAUGAUCAUAUAAGUACCUGCAAAAUGGUAUCAAAUCUAUCAGUCUGUCACAUGCUUGUGUUUUAUUUGUUUGUGUCUGAAAACCACACACUGUAAAUAUGUUUUAAUAUAUUUUAUUGUCUUUUUUUAAAGAAAGUGAUAAGAAAAAAAUCUGCCUUUUUUCAUUGUGUGUCUGUGUGCAAAUCACGAAUGUGUGUGUAAAUACAAUUUCCUGACUGUGUUGUGGAUGGUGCAGUGUUAACGUUUCAUUUGACAUUUUUUGUGACCAUGUUCCAAUGAUUCAAACAAACAUUCAGGCCAACUGUUAUCAAAACACCCACUUCAUUAAAACCAUUGAAGGAUGAAUGAGUAAAAAAAAAAAAAAAAGACUGCAAAACACACUCUAAAAACUGAAACAAUGAACUUCUGGCGCUUUUCAACAUCCACCUAAUUGCAUUAUCAUCUGUCUCUCAUGUAGCUCUCAUAACAUGCUCAUUUUGUUGGUAGAGCCACCAACAUACCAAAAAAAUACAACAAUCAUUUUUGCUUUACCACCUCUAAAUGUCACUGUGGAUUGCUCACUGAGGAAAAGCUAUGUGAACAAUGCAGCUUGUGUGCACUUUGUUACUGAUAGAAAUCUAUUAAAAGGGGUGAACUGACGAA